AUGAAUAUUAGCACAACCAUUGCCAUGAAGACCAGCACCUCCAUGAGGAACAGCACGGCCAUCAGCAGGAGGAGCUCCGCGAGGAUCAGCACGAACGCCGCCAUGAGUAUGAGCAUGAGAACCUCCAGCGGGAGCAGGGCGGAUAAUCAGCGAAACGAUACACUCGCCAGCAGAAUUCUUAUGGCCAUGAUGCGCAGCGACAAUGUCAGGGAACUCGGCGAUCAGGUGCAUGAGCCACGUCGCCAGGAAACCAUUGGACAUCUCAUUGCUCCACUCCCUCAACAACCGGAUGUGCAGCACGAUCUUGUUCGUGUGGGUGUUCACGACGAAGUGGGCCUUGCGACCCAGCGUCAGCUGCUGCACCAGCCACUGGAGUCUCGCUAGGGUGACCAUUGCAACAAAUGACAAAUGCGGAUCUGUGGCGCGCACGUGCGCGCUGGGAGGCCUUUGACUCGAGCAGGUGCUUGAGACAAAAUGGCU